GCCUGGAAUGUUCUGGCCUACACAGGUGACUCCAAGGACCAUGAACAUCCUGCAUGUCUGAGUCUCUCAUCUCAGUGCUACACUUGCUUCACCUUGCCUGAGCUGCUUGUUUGGGUGGAGGGUUGCCUCCCAUGUGUGAAAAGGAGGGAACGAAGGCCAUGGUGGCAAGAAGAAGCCUUCCACGGCAUCGGCUUCGCCUGCUGAAGCUUGCUUUCGUGUUUCUGUUGUUAUUGCUCCCCCUCCUUUUCUCAGGGGCUGCCUGUAAGUGACAGAAGACUGGAGGAAGAGUGAGAGGGUUGAACCUCUUGCCAUCAGCUGGGGAUCCUCGCCUCGCUUCAUGGGUAGACCAGCCCUGAAUAAAGAUCUACAUCAGGAUCUUCUUCCCCUGUGGAUCCUGCUGUCUGAGCAGGUUGCCUCACUGCAACUAGGAUUUGCAACCAUGGUUUGAAGCUGGAUCCAAAUACUGGUGAAGAGCUAACCAUGCUUAUGGUUGGUGCAGGAAGGAUUGUGAAAACUGCAUUAAAUAAGGAAGAGCUUGGCUGGGUAGCAAAAGUGAUUCAGCAGCCUUAAAGAGAAUGGCAACGGUGUUAUGCUGGUCGAUUGGGAAUAGGCAUCUUUGGUUGUUGCAAACUGCACACUUGCAAAACUCCAUGUAGCCAGAUAAGCAUAAAAUUAAAUAGAUUCAAAUCACUAAUUAAUUUAAUAUAAAUUGUUGAAUAUUCUCUAGGUUUUGUUUUGAUGGCCUUUUUUGUUUUUCAAACUUUUUUCUUUCUUUUUUUGUUGUCGAUGUUGCUCUAGCUGGAAAUCCAUGUUUUGUGAAUAAAAUGUGUCUGUUAAGAAGAAGGACGAUGCACUUGAAGAGGGAAAUCAGAGAUACACCAGCAGAGUCAGAGACUGAGUAUGAUAACACUUCAUCUGUCCCAGAAGACCUGCCAGCUUCAGAUAACCAGAUAACUGGAGCAGAAGAAAGAACUGGUAACUGAAAUCGCUGCUUACACCUGUUGAUUUCAGACAGUGGAUUAAGCACUUUCCCCCUUCUGCAGUUUUGUUCUAUUGCAUGUCUCUAGUUACUUCCAACUCAAGCGCUGCAACUGUAAAGAUCACUGUUUAAAAACCCCAAGUUAGGAACUUUUUGGGUGUUCUAGAGUAGCUGUUUGUAUCAGUGUAUGUGGAACCAAGUAAAAGGAUUAGGACAGGAGUCAGGGAGUGAAACUUAGUGGCACAGUUACCAGGAAGUGACUCAGUACAAACAGAUAGAGCAGGAAGGAGAUAGAGAGUUUGGAGUUGGAUGCAAAAGCUUGUUUUAGUAAAGUUCUUUGUUUUAAGGUACUUCUGCUUGAUCAUUUGAUUAUAUCUUAUAGGUCAUUGCUAAGUUUGAACUGCAUCUUACACUGUUUUUAUUUUGGUUUUUGGCAUUGCAUUGCCUUUCACUUCCUUAUGCACUACGUUUAGAUUUUUGGAUGUUAAGUGGUUUACAAUUAUUGUUAAUAAAUCAUCUGCAGUCUAACAAUAAGCACAUCACGAUCUAAGGUAACUGAAAUGACUUCACUUACCGUAUUUUUCGCUCUAAGAUGCACUUAGUUUUUGGAGGAGGAAAACAAGAAAAAAAAUAUUCUGAAUCUCAGAAGCCAGAACAGCAAGAGGGAUCGCUGCGCAGUGAAAACAGCAAUCCCUCUUGCUGUUCUGGCUUCUGGGAUAGCUGUGCAGCCUGCAUUCGCUCCAUAAGACACACACACAUUUCCCCUUACUUUUUAGGAGGGAAAAAGUGAAUCUUAUAGAGCAAAAGAUAUGGUAAUUUUCUGUGUAGGACUGCACUGCCAGUAUUUUGCAGGAGGAAUUCAAUGACAUAGUAGAACCUCAGAUUUGCCCAGUUAAAGAGCAUUAAAUCCCUCUGUUGCUCCUGUACAAUAAAUCCACUUCUUAAAAAAUGGACCAUUUGCAAUCUGGCAAGAGAUGGGAAAAAUGCAUUGGAAGGUGAGGGGUUAACAGGAAGACGUGUAAACAUCUCACAGACAAAUUGGGAUGAAUGCAAGACCAAUGCUUGUUCUACCCAAUAAAUUGGAACAAAUGCUUAGUAAAGACUGGACAAGGCAGGAUGAAUGCUGAAUAAGCAGGUCAUCUAGAUGGCUCUGAUGUAUCGAUGCUAAUUGUGACUUUUACUUACUGGCUUUCAAACCGCAGGCCCAGUUGUUGUCACAUCAUAAGAUUGUUGUGGUUUUAACACAACAGUUUAAAAAGCCUAUUUGUAAAAGGCUCGAGGUCUAUAAUUUGAGAAGGUCAGCAAAAAGACCAUUAACGUGCAAAACUACAUAUUGAUGCAAAAAAGUGGCAAACCAGACCUUUUAGAACCUAGAAAAUGAUUCAGGAGGGGGUGAUUGAGAUUGCAGAAGUGGGGGGGGGGCUUAACGCUUUCCCAACUCACUGUUUCUUUUAUUUUGCUUAAUGUAUGUAGGGUUUGGUGUCAGCGUGUCCCAAGUAGUCAGGAGAAGUCCUCAAUUUCUUUUUCUGUGACCCUCUUUGUAAACUAGCUUGACAUACAUGUUCUGCUUAAUCUCUUGCAAAUUGAUUAGCUGUUAUUUGCAAGCAUAAUUGUUUUCUUGUUACAUGCAUAAAACUUCAAAAAACUUUCCAUGUGGGCCAUGAAGUUCAUGUUUGGUAUUGCAAGGGUUGAAUCAAUAAAAUUAAUCAAGUACAAAAACAAACAAACAAAAAACUCACUGUUUCUUGCUCCACAUCUUCCCCAUUCUGAGCAUAUUUUCCUCCGUUGGGCUUCAGACGCAGGCCUGUAAAUUUAUGGGCAGAAACAUUGGUGGAGGGCGUCCACUGCUGCAAAAUGGAAGAUAAGGAAAAUGUUGUGCCUCUAUUUCUGUUUCUCUGUUUACAGCUGCCCUCUCCCAAGUGAAUGCUGCCAUACAUAUAUUUGCAUGUAACAUGUAAUGUGUCCGUUCACCAGUCAUUCACUAUUUUUAAGUUCAGUGUUCUCAUUGACUUCUUAGGGAAGAGUCAAGCACUUUUAUUGCAGUAGGCUAAGUAGGUAUUACACAUCAAGGCUGUGUGGAAUGCAAUGUAUUUUUAAUAUUAAGUUUUAUGUAUUACUAUAUCUCAUUCUAACUCGAUUUUUUUCCCUACUUCAGUUCCAGCGUACAUUCUUAUUUAUUCAAACAGUUUAAUUCUAAAUUGUUUGACUGAAAAGCUGUUAAUUGAGGGAAUCAUUGAUCCCAAAUACGUAUGGUCUGGUCCCCGAGGACAAAUUACUAGAGGUAACUACAGUAUAGUUUAAUUGUACAUAAGUUAAGACUACAGUCCUUAGCACAGUUUCUAAAGAGUAAGCCCAGUUCAAUUCUGAGGCUCAUUUCUGAGUAAACGUGCUUAGGAUUUUGCUGCAUAUUUUGUAAAAAAAUAUAGUUAAUUCUGAUAUAUGUAUUUCUCUGCUGCUCUGAUAAGCACAGACAGUCCUAAGAGCACUUCACUGAGGAAACGCUGGUGAGCUGUGUUCCUGCACUGGCACCACAGCUGAAAGUCUGUGCACAGAAUUGCAUCCCGUGAGCAGCCACUGCGUGUUCCUUGAGGAGUCUCCCCUCAUGCAAUUCCUUCCUUCGAAGAGAAAGCCUAGGCAGGGCUUUGGGACCCUUUGCCUUCCAUUCCAUCUUGGGGCAGCCGGUCCUGUUUUGCCACCUCAUUAGGCUGUGCUGUGUGGCUUCUCCUCACUUCUCUGGCCCUUGAAUUACGCCACCUCAGAUGCCUGCCUCGAUUUGCCUCAUGGUCCUGCCCACCCAGUGGCGUCGCAACGGGGGGGGGGGCAGGGAGCGGUGCGCCCCGGGUGCCAUGUCUGGGGGGGUGACAAGAAGGCACCCUGCAGGGGCUUGCAGCGGCGUGAACAGCCAUUGCGCCACCACAGCCGCAUGUGGAGGGUUCUCUGUUCGUGGCUGCAGCCACAAGCAGCACCGGCGGCAAACCGCUUUGUACAGCACAUGUGCGGCAUCACAUGCGCUGUACAUAAUGACACCGCACAUGUGCUUUACAUAGCGGUUUGCCGGCGCUGCUCGUGUGCAGUGGGAUCCCUCUGUCGCCUCUACAGACACAUGUAGAGGAUCCUCUGUUUGCUGCUGUAGUGGCGAUGGAGGGAUCCCAGCACCGCCCAUAUGGCGCUGGAGCGGCGCCGCCAGGAAACUGCUAUGUACAGCACAUGUGCAGCAGUGCUACGUACGGUGCAUGCGUUGUACGUAGAGACGCCGCACAUGCGCCCUACAUAGCGAUGCCCCUCCCCGGGUGUCAUGACGCCUUCGUUCUCCCCUGUGCCCGCCCCGGGUUAAUAUUCAGUAGUCCUUCCAGAAACAGCAGUUUAGGAUAGAGUUCAGGAAAUUCAGUUCCGCCAAGAAAUGCAGUUAUGGCUUUGUCCAUUCUUUGUCUUUUGUCUCUUCCGAGAGCAAGACAUCCAUGAUGAGAGUGAGUAGCAGGAAGAAGCUUGCAUUUAUUUUUAUAUGGCCUGGCCAUAUAAGAGAGAGUGUUUGUCAUGUGACUUGCCCCCAGAUAGGUGGGUAGAACGUUGCUGCCUUAGCUGAUUUUAAUAGGACUUGUGUUUAUGGGAUUGUUUAUAGGAUGGCUUUCUACAUUCUAAAAAAAGAUAGUUGUUGAGUUACAUGUCCACUUAGCUGGUGCUCAUCUGGGGAGGGGGCAGCGGCAGAGCAAGCCGAUCCGCCUGGGGUGGCGCGCGUGCCCUGCGCCUAGGGGCAGGGCCAGCUGCCCUCAUGGCGGGGCAAGCUGGGGCAGGACGCUCUGCGGGGCCUCCGAGAAGUCUGCCUGCCUCCUCCCACUCAGCCACCCUACAGCUGAGGGGGAGGCAGUGGGUGGACCAUUUGGGGCAGCACGGAGCCUGCGGGUGCCCAAACCACCAUGUCACUCCCAGGAGAGACGUGUGGCUCGGGUGUGCUGCUGGCCCCACAGUGAGUGCUGCCCAGCAUUUUGUCACCCUCCUCAGAGGUGACACCCAAGGUGACCCACCCCCACCACACACCCCUUCCUCUGCCCCUGGGGGGGGGUCUCCUUUUGCUCUUUGUUUUGUUUUCUGCCUGGCUCUGGAGGCCUUCAGACCCUGGAGCUCCAUUGGGCUGUUGGUCAGGUGCUCCCGCUAGGGGGGCUCUGAGCGGCUCCCCUGGCUGUUGCGCCAAGUGCCCUGGAUCCCCCCCAGUCAUGGCGGUGGCGGUUUUGGCGGCUCAGGGACCAGCCAGGCAGCACAGUUGGUGCUGGCGGACCUCAAGAGCUCCACAUGGCCGUGGCGCCCGCCAUCUUGCCUUGACGGAAGUCCAUCGUUAUGAUUUAUGAUUAGUUAAUUGACAUUGGCAUUGAGCAUCCCAUUGCUGAUAUUUUGGGUGAUGUGUUUUUAUUUGUAGAAUCACAGAGGUUUCUUUUAACGGAUGAUGGUAGCUUGCAGAUUUAUAAUAUUGAAGGCAGUGACUCUGGAGGUUACACUUGCAAAGUGAAUUAUAUAUACAAAGCUGAACAAAUGACUACUGAAAUCCAUUUCAUGGUUUAUGGUAAGGUUUUAGUAAUUUUAAUUUUGUUGUUUUGCAUCCAUGCUAUUAAUUUGUAAAAUACUCAGGAAAGCAUGGAAAUCUAGAACCCCUAAAUACUAUUGAAAAUAGUGAUUUGAAAAGAGUGAUUUGAAAAUAGUAUCUUGAAAACCACAAAAAUGUAUUGGGCCUUACUAACUUCUUGGUUAAGUGUCAGCUAGCACCAUCAGCUUGAGCAAUAGUCAGGAAAUAUUUGGACUCUGCCCAGGCAUUCUGGAAGUUUAUUCAGUGUACGCGCAUGCAAUUCAGGUACCUGGGGCAGGGCAAGGGGUGGGCAAACACUGAAGAAGGACAAUAAAAUUAAGCUAGGGUGCCACCUGGUGGAAAUGCAUUGUCUUACUCUGUGGCUGCAUUGUGUCUUGUUGUUGUUGUUGUUGUUGUUGUUUAGUCGUUUAGUCGUGUCCGCCUCUUCAUGACCCCAUGGACCAGAGCACGCCAGGCACUUCUGUCUUCCACUGUCUCCCGCAGUUUGGUCAGACUCAUGUUUGUAGCUUCGAGAACACUGUCCCACCAUCUCGUCCUCUGUUGUUCCCUUCUCCUUGUGCCCUCCAUCUUUCCCAACAUCAGGGUCUUAUUAGUUGAGUGCAAUAAUGGUGCAAAACCACAUACCAAAACAAUUGCAAAUGAGUACAUUUGCACUGCCUUGCUCAGAAAACAAGAUACAACAUCUCCAAGGGCAGAUGAUCUCCAUCUUGGAGCCUCUAUCUACAUAUAGUUUUAGAAAUAAUUGAGAACUAGUGACAUAUUGGGAACAGGAGAUGGGCAAAUUCUUCUUCUUGUUGUUAUUAGAAAUAAUUUAAUUUAUAACCUGUCCUUCACCCUAAAGCCCCAGGAUUUGUGGCUGUUCAGUGUCCAAGCAGACUUCCUUGAAAAGUAAUGGACUUUUCUUUGUUAGAGGUUUGUAAGCUGCAGGUGACCAAUCACUCAUCAGGGAUGCUAUAGCAGAGGUUGGGGAGUUGGGUACAGUUGGGGGAAAACUUAUUCUGAGGUGUCAUUUCCUAAGAGUAGAACAGAAGUUCUAAAUUAAAACUGAGUAGAGGGAGAAGAAUUAUUUAAUAUACUAACUGUUCUGAAAAGCACAACAGCCUUAACAUUUAGCAACUCCUACUCUGCAGCUGUGUGUAAAUUCAGCAAAUUAAUUUUGACUGAUAAACUUGGGAGGAACUAGAAUCAUAGGCGCACCACAGGGGGGGUCCCUGUCCUCAGUUUUCUAGAAGUGACUGAAACCUGGUUGAGUAAUAGCCGUGGCUGGAAUACCUGUACUGAUAGGGAAGCAGCAAGCAACAAGGCUUUCACAGAUCUCUGGCUGUUAUUCAUUCAUUUAGGUCAUACCAGCAAGAUUCUUAUGUGCCUUCACUUACAAUAAUAUCAAGAGAUGUUUCUAACAUUAGGACUUUCCCCCAUAAAGACCAAGAAAUAUAUUUUUAAAAAUAAAAUAAUUUUAUUAUUUGUAUGCCGCCCAUCUGGCUGGGUUGCCUUAGUUUAUGCAAAGUCUAAGCGCUGCAAAGAACUAUGGUGCUUUCUCAGUAGGGGCAGAGCCUUGAGGAUGGAUGGUAAACAGAAUGGGGAUGGGGGAAGUUUCAAGGGCAUUCUGGCUGCAUGUGAAAAUAAUGUGCAUGCACACACACCUCUCCCUAGCAUAUUUUCAGCUGUUGGUAUCUUCUGCUAUCUUCAGAACCAGUGUUUCUUGUUUAGACACCUGUAGGGUGGGCUGUUGGACACGUACCUCUUCUUUUUAGUACUAUAUUGCAUACAGAUGCCGUCUUGAUGCGGUGGCUGCACCACCAAGUGCAUAAGUGAAGAACAAAGGAAUAUUGGCUUGUCCAUUCACUGUUCAUUCUUUUCAGUGAAUGGAGAUUACCCAGUUCCACCCUUACAACAACAAGGAUAUUCGUAAGGAUGAAGGACAUCUGAAAAAUAUUUUCAUAAAUAGACAAUGCAACACAAAAAUACAUUUGGAAACAAUUAGAAACAAGCAAGGAAUGAAACAGAAAAAAGGAACAUUCAGCCACAUUAUAGCCUCUUCUGCCGAGGUCAUGCUGACUAUAAAAAUAAGGCCAGAAGGAGCCUGGAUUUCACUCUCUCUAUCUCUUUUCCUUCUGGUGUGGUGUUCUGUACAUAGUAUGCUUAGUGUUAAGAUUUAGUCUUAUUAUAAGUCAUUGUAAGUUUAAGUUGAGUCUUCCGCAGCUGGAUUUCUUAUGGACAGGGCCAAUCCUGAAUCUUUUGGAUUUGUGACCAUUAUGCUCAUUUGCCUUCAGUAGCAGUAAAGCAGUAAAGCUCUGCUGGUCUUAUUUUUGGGAGGAAUCCUGCAACGUGUUUGAGUUUUUGCUCUGCUAACUAUGCAUUGGAGUUCUGCGCUGGAUCAAUAUGAGUAGAAUACAUGACAGUUGUUGCAUAAUUGUGCCUCUAAAGCAAUGGAAAGACACAGUCCAUUGUGAGAUAAUCUGAAUCUAUGAAAGAAACUGAACGUACACUAUAAGCGCAAUGUUUCUGACUGGGGCAACAAGAACAAGAGAACCUUGUGGCACCAUAAGAACUAAUAGCUGUGUUUUAUGGCUAAAGUUUUUGUGGACUUGAGGUCACACUUUGUCAGAUGCAUGAAUCGUCUUCAAUUGGCAGAAGAUGACAUGCGUCUUAUACCCAUAAGUGCUCCAACCAGGAAUGUGUUAAUGAUUGAAAUGGAGCCCAUGCAGUCAACGGCAAUUUUAGGCAAAGUUUGUGGAAAGGAACCAAUGUUCAUUUUGGGUUGGACAGAGGUUUCUAGGACUGGAUCUGAAUGGAGGUAGGAGCACAGGGCUCUUUUUCAUGCCAUUAUAGGGGAAAAAAUAUGUCCAUAGGCAUUAGGUCAUGAGGGUCAUUAAUAUCCCAGAAAAUAAACAUUGCAACCAAAUUGUCAGAAACUAGACACAGGUAACAUAUACAACAAUGUCUGGGCUUCGUCUUGCACAGUCAUAAUAUACUUCACAAUGAUUGUUCAAGACACAACCUCUUUAUAUCUUUGACUUCUCUCUCGUAUUGCAGUUCAGUGCUAUUGUUUCCAUUUUGCUUAGUUUUUGGUUUUAUUUUAUUAUUUUUAUGUGCAUUGCACCUGUUCUAAUUGCAAUAUUUUGUGUCCAUUUGGUAAGGGCAGGCUGUAGGUAUCUCUAAAAAGAAACAAAUAAAAUAUUAUGCUUAGGAAUGCAUUAGUCCUGGUUUUGGGUAAUUCCUGUACCAUGUUAAGAGAGAAUAUUUUCCUUUUCUUAGUGUAUCAUAUGCCAGAGAAGAGUCUCCGCCUGUCAUCUGAAUUCACAGUUCAAACCUGUGAAACCAAUGCGGUUGCUUCAUUUGAAAAGCAUUUCUUAAAGAAAUUGGAGAGCUUAGUCUACAACCUGGGGUGUGAGAUCAAGCAGUGGAGUACACAGUGUCAUGCUUCUACAGACACACUGGAGAAGAUAACACACAAGCUUACCUUUCAGUUUGUAGGUAAGGUGAAAUCUUACUACUUCUGCAUUAUUUUAUUUUUGACCAUUGUGUGCAAGAAAAUACCGUAGGCAAGAGGCCUGGAGGGUGGCAACAUGAGAACGGGCCUUUUCUGUGGUGGCUCCCCACACAUGGAAUGCUCUCCCCAGGGAGGCUCGCUUGGCGCCACCAUUACAAACAGUGUCUUUAGGCACCAGGUGAAAAUAUUCCUCUUCUCACAGGCCUUUGGCUGAUUAAACAAUAUAUGACCUUUUAAACUGGGGUGGAGGUCUUGUUUUUGCUUGUUACUAUGAUAAGUAUUUUUGUGUUUUUAUAUGGUAAACCACCCUGCUAUCCUCAGAUGAAAUGCAGUAUUUAAUAAUGAUAAUAGAAACAGAAAUAAUAGAAAUAGAAUAAAAGGAAAGCCCUAAGAGCCAUAUAUUAUGUGACAAUUCAGGCCAGCUAUGGCACAUUCUCCCUUUGUGAGACAGCUGGCCACCAACCCAAUUGGUUUGGGCACCAGGAGGUCAUUCAUUUGGGAGCCCAGCUGCCACCUUCUCCUUCUCCUUCUCCUUCUCCUUCUUCUUCUCCUUCUCCUUCUCCUUCUAUAAAUGGUGUUGUGGUUGGAGUGUUGGACUAGGACUUUGGUGGGGUUCAAAUCCUCACUUCAGCUACAAAAAUCACAUGGGUGACCUUGGGUCAUGGUCUCUCAGCCUAACCUACCUAACCAGGUUUGUUGUGAGGAUAAAAUGGGGAUGAGGAGAACAUCAAGCACCACCUUGAGCUCCUUGGUGGGAUAUAAAUGAAAGUAUACACUCCUCCUCUUUCCCCGAUAAGGACACAGGGCAGCUUACAGAUAAAUAUAAGAACAGCUAAAACGGGGGGGGGGGGGAGUCAUUAAAAACAAUUAAAAAUUUAGAAUAUAUAUAACACAUUAAAAUCUAUUAAAGCCACACAAAUCAUUACUUUAAAAGCAACACGGCACAGUCCUUUCAUUAAAAGCAGUCAGCUCCCAAAAGCCCAUUGGAAUAGCUACAAGGAGGGAGCCAGUCUAGCUUCUCUAGGGAGGGAGUUUCAGAGUUGUCAGGAGCAACCACCACCAAGAAGGCCCUGUCCUGCGUCCCCAACAAGUGUGUCUGUGCGGGUGGUGGGACCAAGAGAUGGGCCUUUCCUCAGAGACCUCAAAAUCCAAGCAGGUUUGUGUGAGGGAAUACAGUCUGAUACAGGGCUGUAAUUUGCUUGUUAUUUUAAGAUUGCUGCUGGUUGUUUAUUGUUUAAGGAGCAUUAUGUUAUGCCAUGUAUUGUUUUAAAUGAGUUAUGUAUCCUGCCCUGAGACAAAGUGGUAUAAGAUGAGUUGUAAAAUUUUGGAAUAGAUAUAUACAAGAUCUAUAUACAGUGGUACCUCGGGUUAAGUACUUAAUUCGUUCCGGAGGUCUGUUCUUAACCUGAAACUGUUCUCAACCUGAGGUACCACUUUAGCUAAUGGGGCCUUCCGCUGCUGCCGCGCCGCCGGAGCACGAUUUCUGUUCUCAUCCCGAAGCAAAGUUCUUAACCUGAAGCACUAUUUCUGGGUUAGCGGAGUCUGUAACCUGAAGCGUAUGUAACCUGAGGUACCACUGUACAAUGAACCUAAAGCACUGGGGUCAUAUUAUGCGAUGUUAGUUUUCAAUUUUUAGCGUGCAAGAAGGUUGCUGCUAUAUAAAAUAUUGGCAUUGCAGACAGAUUCUUACAUGUGGUGAAGUCACCGUGUUGUUAGACAUGGGUUUUAUCAUAUGGGAAGAAUACUUGCAUCAUACAAAAGUUUUAUUAAAAUAGAAAAAUUGCUGCUUACUUUCUCUUAAUUUGCAGUUUUCCCUUUAGCCCUGACCACAGCAGACCUCUGUAGAAGUGCUCAAUGUGGAAAUUCCACCAGCAACAUGGAGGAGGUGAAGUAAAAUUAUACCAAAGGUUCACAGUGCAAUAAUGGCCAUGCUAUUUUGCAGAACUUAUGGCAAAAAUAAUAACUUAUAAGUGUGCAAAAUCAGGGGUCCAACAAUAUUUUGGGGACCUGGUAUACUGUAUGUAGAUUGAGCUCUGCUGCAGUUGCCAAAGAAGGCACAAAUUUGCAUAAUAUUUGUGUAAUAUUAUCUCACAUGCAAACUUGCACCCUCUUUUGCAGGUGGUGGUGGAGCUUACAAAAAUAAAUCAGGGGUCACAUACAAAUAAUAAGAUGUCCAACAGACAGAAUAUUAACAGGUGAAGCUUUCCCCAUAACUGUCAUUCCAUACUGUUUAAUAUCUGCCUGCCACAUAGCUGUUAAAGCCACAAGAGUCCUCUAGUGCUAACCGCAAACCAUGUAAAGAACUCAUGUUUUGUGAGGUGUAAAUGAAUUGUGUUAUUGUGGGUCUUUCAUCUGUUGAUCAUAAGCUGGCAGUACAGGUGGCAACCAUUUUGCACACGUCCAAUUCACGCAUGACUGCUGAUGCGCAGGUCCUUUUGGACCCGGAAGAGGGUGGAAUGGAGGGCAGGACAGGCUUACGCGCACUCUGCCUGACAAUGUGCCGUCAUGUGCAAGGCGCAUGGAUGUGACAUCACACGCCGGGCCCCCUCAGUCUUGGGCACAAGAUGGCACUUGUGUUGUAUUUUAUCCACAACUCACCGUGAUUCUAGCUAGGUCACAGUUUGGUCUAUGUUAAUGUGCAGCUCUUGUUAACUGUCACACUCCUAGGCAUAUACCAAGAUCAGUGAGUUCUUUGAAGUCGAAAACGCGAACUCAUCUCACAGUGAUUAUUCAAGUUACCUUCAUGGUACACUGAAUGCAGUUAAAGUAGACCACUGCAAGCCAGGAUUUGGGAAGAUCAUAAAUGCCCUCAGCAAUAACACGGAGUGCCCAGGGUGUUGUGGUGAGUUUCCAGAGUCUGUAUGUUAAAAAAAGAUACUGCUGACUAAUUUUCAUGAAAUGUAGUUUCUUGCUGAUUUUUUCCUUCACCUAUUUUUCUUCUUUUAAUUUUUAAAAUUGGAAACAAAUUUCUCGGGGUACGGAGAUCAUUAUGGCAAAAACACAUUAUUGCAAUAAGGGGGAAAGAAUGAACAUUAGUGCCCGCCUGUCAAUCACUAACCUAACAGGGACAUCAGGUAAUGGCCACCAGGACUUCAAGGCACCAUGCAGGGCCCCUGAGAAGCAGGCUGCCUGUUGAUGGGCAGUGAAUUCAAGGCUGCUUUCUGCAGGGAUCGGCUGUGUGACCCAGUUCCCUGUGGGGAACUCAGUCUCGGAGCUGAUCCAGCCGUAUCUCUACCUGCCUCACACCUGGCAUGGUUUUGGGGAAACUGCUUCAUGGGCAAAAUUGGGAGCUAUGCUCUCAGUGUUUUGCUUACUUAUAACAAAUGAGUGCUGAUUUUGUUUAUGUAACUCACCUACAAUCGUACCUUGUUUUGCAACCAGGAUCCGUUCCGGAACCCUGGCCAUUAGCUAAAAAGGAUGCAGGGCAAAGCACUGAGUCUGUGCACGCGCGCAGAGCGGUUUGUGCUUCUGAGCAUGUGUGAAGCGUGAUUUAGUGCUUCUGCGCAUGCGCGAGCGGCAAACCCAGAAGUAACCUGUUCGGUACUUCUGGGUUUGCCAUGGACGUUCACUGGAAUGGACACUAGAUGUUCGCAGAGGUAUUAGUGUACUUGGUCUUUGCAGGAUUGUCUCUGUGGGCAGGUACAUGUGGCUAAAUUCCCCAGUGAGGUUGUACAUUUCCCUAUGUAGAGGGAGAUGCAAAGGACCCAUUUCUGAAAUUACUGUGAAUGGAGCACCAGGCGGCAUGUCUAGUCACACCAGUGUAACGUCCGAAGCUGGACAUUCAGCCUGCCAUGAAUGAAAGUCAAAAGCAGGCUAAUAAUUGCUCAUAAAUUUAAGUGAAUGAGAGCCGUAGUAAUUUUGUGUGUGUUGCCCCCAUGUCUUUUAUUUUUGGAUAGUCACCUGCCCGCCAGGUAGAUUCAGUGCAGAAUAUGGUACCAUCUGCACUCUGUGUCCUGCUGGAUCCUACAAUGAAAAGUAUGGUCAAGCAGCAUGUGAAAAUUGUCCCAAAACACAAAGCAGUGAUGGAGAGGGUGCAAAGACAGGAAGAAGUUGUCAUAGUAAGUAGCUUAUCUCCACAGGCAUUGUAGGAAUUGGUCUUUUGGUUUUCCGUAUCUGGUGGGGUGUUUUCACAUGAGGCUAAAGUAGUUCUUGCUUCAGUCAGUUUGUGAUGCUGAUACAACACCCAUAUUUAGAAGGCAGUUCUGCAGUACUCUAUGAUUUUGACUGACUUUAGUUCCCCACUUUCGCUGUGCUCAGGGUAUAUUGUUGUCUAGGUGUGAAAUACAUUUUUCAUGUAAUGAAUGAAUGAAACUUUAUUUGCAUCAGCUAUAGGCCAUAGCAACAAAAGAACAUUGUGAUGUACUUAGAAGACAAUAAAAAGUUGAUUAUAUAAAACACAGUUUAGGGUCCUGAAUCAGCAGUCAAAUAGUGGACCUUAUUCUGAUUGUCCCAGGUAAAAAAACCUUGCAAACUUUGCUGUCAUCUGCUCCCCUUGAUCUGCCAGGAGAGAAGACACUGUGGCAGUGGUUGGGCGACCCGGAAUGGACAAUAGAAGAGGGGUGAUAAUCUCAUUCCUCAGGUCUUUGUAAAGAGUGCAAGCCAGGAGAGCAUGCGCCACUGAUUCGGUGCUGCCAUCUCUGCAGGGACAUAAGCGUUUUUCAUAUGGAAUCUGUUGAGAUCGUUCCGCAAGUACAGCCAAGGGCAAUACAUUCAGUCUUGUGAGGGUAUCUAUAUUUGUGCAUCUAUAUUUUGGAAUUGCUAGGUUAUACAGAUAGGGUGCCAGAGCAUCAAAGUAGAAGGAUGGGAAAUGGUCAUACCAUGGGCAAAAUGUCCUUACUGUGGCCAAGUCGUUCUGACACUUAAUAUCAUUUAAAGGUAAAGGGAUCCCUGACCAUUAGGUCCAGUCGCGGACGACUCUGGGGUUAUGGCGCUCAUCUCGCUUUAUUGGCCGAGGGAGCCGGCGUACAGCUUCCGGGUCAUGUGGCCAGCAUGACUAAGCCACUUCUGGCGAACCAGAGCAGCGCACAGAAACACCGUUUACCUUCCCGCCAGAGUGGUACCUACUUAUCUACUUGCACUUUGAUGUGCUUUCGAACUGCUAGGUUGGCAGGAAUAUUAUUUAGGCUUUGGCAAAUUAGACUCUAGGCGCAAUGAUGCAUUUGGGAAACAGGGUGGUACAGGAGAAAAAAUUGCCUUAAGAACUUUGAUUGGACAGCUUCCAUGGAUCCAUGGUAAGUGCCAGCCAUGAAUUACAAGACUUUGGUUUUCUCAAGAAACUAUAGAGCCCAUAAAUGGCGCAUGGACAACCAGCCAAUUGAACAGGUUAAAGUUUUCAAAUAUCUUGGCCUUAUUUUCCAGGCCACGGGGUCAUGGGGAGCACACCAGAAAUGUGCAAAAGAAAAAGCAUCCCAAAGCGCCAAAAUUCUGACAAGCUUUUUCCACACAAAAGGUGGCAAACAUAUGCCCACAGUCCUGGAAGUGUUCCAAGCUAAACCCCUAGCACAGCUAUUAUAUGGGGCUCAGAUUUUUUCAUGUAACUUCUCUUGGUGCACACAAAAUCAGGCACUUCUUGUAUGGAAAUAUGUGGACAGUUCACCCCUGGAGAGAUAUUGACUGGCUGUAGCAGACUGCCCCCACACGGGUGGGGGAACCUAUUAGAAUGUCUGGUCCCCAGAAGCACUGCAGUCUUCUACACCAGUGGUUCCUAAGUGUCAGUUGGAUGGGCAGAGUACAAGUAAAUUUAAAUGAAUGAAUGAAUGAAUGAAUGUUAUCCCUUGCCUCUGCUGCCUCCUGCAUCCAAAGUCACAGCAGCUCCCUGGCUCCACCCAUGCAGUCCUCCGCGGUUCCGGCAAUGCUCUCCUCAUUUCCCUCCAUCAUUCUUGCCUCUGUCAGAUCAGAGUGCCUGCUCCCUCUCUGCUUAGUUGCUGGGCAGAGACUCAGCACCUGAGACUUGGCUUCAUUGGUGUUGGCCUGACUCUCAAUUGACUUCAGCUGGUGAUGAGUCAUGUGCUCUCAAUCUUGCAUGCCUUAAUAGCCACUGCCCCAACUGUUCUGCCCUCCUAAUCCUCCUCCUGGCUCGGGGGGUGGGGUGGGGUGGGGGAGUCAGGUUCUUCCAGGGUUCUAGCCUCCUCUGUGUGAUUUCUUCUUUCCUGGGCUCCUGGUAUUCCAUGCUGUCUUCCUGCUCUGACAUUGGCCCCUCAUCCCCCAGCCCCUCUGGCACCUCUUUGUGUUCCACAGGAGUGCUGAGGUCUCCUGACCCGAGUCCCAAGGACUUCCUUGUCUUGCCAGCCUUGGUGCCCUCACCACCCCAUGGCACUAUGGAAUGGUUGCCCCUGAAAAUGCCCUGUGGCCAAGGGGAGCUCAGAAAGCCCCUUCUUUUCCCGAGAAGCUUGGCACAAUAGAGUGCACUAGAGUGCAAGUGGCAGAAGUCUUGUAGCAAAUAGGACCAAACACAGAAUAGAGUGCCUGAUUAUGGCUACCAUCUGACAGUAAUGGUGGCAGAGGAAGCAUAUUUUGCUGCCACUGUUGUGCCCCAUAGUGAGUGCCGCUUAAGGUUGAUCCAGUGGGGUGGAAGGCUUAACUGACGAAUUGGUAGCCUGCUGUGGUAAAUUUGCACUACACUUUGAGGACAAAGUUGCUUUGUGACAGCUCUGAACUUGGGGUCACAGUUAUGGCAGCCCACAGAGGCUGUUGGACAGUCUGAUCCAGUCUGAUUUGUGAGGAUCAGCUUCACUUGUUGCAUCCUGAGGAAGUGGAAGUGCAGGGAUUUGGUCCAACACGAGUUCUGCAGCCUUGCCCAUCGUGUCAAAGAUGAUCUAGCACAAAGAAAGCACAAAGAAAGAGGAGUCUAGGAAGUGGUUGAUGUGUCAUUACAGGACAGAAUGAUAUUUACUAAUCCCUCCUAAGAGGUACCCCAUGAACCCUGAGGUAUUCAACAACUAUCACCCAGUUGAUAAGACCUUUUGGAGAGCAAAGUAGUCUGAGUGAAGGAAACAAAUUAUGGCUUCAGGCUUCAGGCUUGAGCAUGGCAUCAAGAGAGCUUUGGCUGCCCUGGUUGAUGACUUCUUUCAGGGAAGAGAGAGAGAGAGAGAGAGAGAGAGAGAGAGAGAGAGAGAGAGAAUCUAAGGGUAUUCUAACCUUGUUGAUUUUCCUUGAUCUCUCUCUGGCUUUUGGCACCAUAAGCACGGUCUCCUUCUGGAGCGACCAGGUGGGUUAAGGCUUCAAGGCAAUGUGGUGCAGUGGUCCUCUCCCACCUGCAGCGUCGCUAUCACAGAGUGGAAUUGGGUGUUUCCUGCUUGCCCUCACGGCUUUUGGGGUGUGGGGUCCUGCAUGAUUUUAUUCUGUUUCCCACAUUAUUCAACAUCUGUAUGGAGCCAUUGGGAGCUGAUGACAUGCAGGUCUACUUUUCCUUCGCAUCUGAAUUGGGAGAGGUUGUGCAGGCGCUGGACUGGUGCUUGGAAGCAGUGGAGGAGAGGGAAGAGAGACUCUGUUUUCUAUCGGGGAUGGGUGUUUCCACCUGCCUUGUCCCACCGUCCAGCCCUGGAAGCCUGCAAAAUGGAGCCAGAAGAACUCUGAGGGGGACUUUCUGCCCUUUCGGAUUGAGGUAUAAAAGAUUGGGGGAGGGGUUGCUAGAUACCAAUGUCAUCAGCUUUGGGGCUGCUUUUGAAUGGAGUUUGAAUGAAGUUACUGGAUAGAAUGUUAACCUAUUUGUGAGCUGGUUCAAGAGCAGCCCAGAUCUGGCUUGUCCCAAAAUAUUCCCUAGUGCCUAACAAAUCCAGCCCCCUUCUCCGGCCAUCACCCUCUCAUUCACGCAUUGAAACAGCACAGCCAUACCUGUGUAGCUGACUCCGUGUGUGGAACUGAUAGCAUUUCAGAGAAAGCCCAGCAGCCUCCAGAAUCUCUCAGCUACAUUCCCCCCACAUAUUGGUGCCAGGAGUGACCCCUGACUCAGUGUCCACAACCCUCUUGCUGGGCAGGCAAGUCACCCUGUGGUCUGCGUAACCACCACACACCCAGCUAUCCAAUGAGCAAAUCACCCACUACCAGGAUCCUCCCACCAGAAGGGGUAUCCUUGGCAUGAGAGUUUUCCUGCUUGAUCUCUAAGGAAAGGGUUCCUUUGAAGGAAUCCUUUCUGUCUUCCUCAGAGUGAUGCCUUCCUUCCCCCACACCCUGCUUCUCCAUGGCAGCAGAGGAGCUGCAGUCUCGGAAGUGGGACACAGCUACCACCCCACCCCCCAAGUCCUCAUCCAACAGUCUCUCUGCCUCUCUGCUUCCCUAGGUCAGUCACCUGGGGAACUCAAGGGAACUCAUUCCUUGGGGACCAGGAGUUCAUUUCAAUAACAAUUUCUACCCAGUUAGACCAAUAGGUGUACAGAUGACAUUACACAGGACAGCCCCCUCACCCAUACAGUACUGGCUUCAAUCUACAGUUCUUUUUUCUUUACCGUUUGUUGAGUUAGUUGACUUGGGAGCUUGGGAUUUGUUAGGACUAAGAGUGGAGAAGCUGAGUGGUUUGCCCUUGCUUCCUAGCCCUGCUGCUGAACUUGCUUAGCUGCCUAAAUCACUUGCUGUCUUGAUGCUUUGGCAGGUGAAGUUUAAUGUCAGGGCUCUUCUUACUGACGUCUAAAGUUCUGAGACAGACAAGCUGGCCCUCCUCUUCUAGGGUAUGAUUACCCUUUCCCAACGUUUUCUGAAAACUUUUUGAAAGGGGGCCAUUGGCCUUCAUAACAGCUUGUUCAUCAACCCUAUUGGCCGUUGCAGAAAUGAAAGAAGAGUUUCUUGCCCAAAGACUUCAUUUAGCUUUAGUUGUCACAUUGACCAAAAAGCAUUUCUCUGUGUCUUAAUGGUCAUAUUGAACUACACACACAGACUCUGCACUUCGACUCUGCACUUCUCUUGGCAUAGGUUGCUAGUUUAUCAAACAUACUGAAAUUUAAAGUGGUGUGCACUGGCUAGUUCUGGAGUCUUCAUAAUCAUUAUGGCAUCAUCUAGUUACUAGAAGAAUGCUUCACUGAUUUUCAUUGGAUGCUUCUUCUGAUUUCUGUAAUGAAACAGCCAAACACACGAUCAUUGAUGCCACCAAAGCAGGCUUUCUUCCUUGGCGUCAGUGACUGUCCUUCUGGCUGGUUUUUGGGAAAUGUUCAUAUCUAGCAAAAGUCCAAGUCUUCUUGUUUUUAGAGGGCAGCACAAAACUCUUCUUUUGGGGGGAAAAGCAUGAUUAGAGGAUUGGUGGGUUAGGUUCUUGUAUGUGGCUUGCUCAGUGGUUUUAUUGUGUGAUUUUGUUUCCUGUUUUUGAAAUUCUAAGUCAUCCAGAAUGGUUGUUGAUCAUGCUAUAGCAUAUUUACAGGAUAUGUAUUGGUUAUCACUAAGCAGAUUUGCAGAAUUCCAUACCUGCUGCCUAAUUCACAAUGUUUCUGCUAGUCAUAUGGAGGAAGAAAGAACUAUAGAUUCCAUUCAGGGGGGAAAGCAGGCUAGAUAGCUAGCUGGACGGCACUGAACAACAGGAAUCCCUGCUCAACUCUCCCUCUAGCUUAGCCUGUUCCAGCAUGGUGCUCUUCAGACACUCCCAUCAUCUCUGAACCUUCCUGGCGAUGAUGGAGAGUUGUGGUCCCUAGCAUCUGGAUGGGACUGUGUUGGGGAAGUCUGCUCUAGCUCCUCACCACACACACUUUCCUGCCUGCCUUCACAGCUGUGGUGUUAUGCGCCGAGAGAAUUUGCAAUACAAAUCCACUUAAAUUGCACAGCAGCAAGGCCCAGCCAAGGCUGAUGGCCAUCCUAUGUCCCCUAUAGUAAGAGAGAGCAGCACAACCCAACAGGGAGGAGGAAGGGUGAUGCUGCUGCCGUGGGACCUGCUGUUGUAUUCCAAAGAGGAGCGGUCUGAGGCAUGAAGAAAAGAGGACAAUGGGUGUGGGUGUGAUGCUACCUCCCUGCCCUACCUCGUGCUCUGAGGAUCGGAACGAAGGUUGGAAGAGCAUCCUUGUUGAGUCCCACUAGCAGGGGGCAGAGGUGGGCUGGCAAGCCCUUUUCAAGGGCUUGUGUGUGUGAUGUUUGUGUAUAGUCGCCAUGCUAAAUAGAUCGCUGUUCUUGUUCAUGUUUUUCAGAAAUUCUACCAAUGUGGAUGGUUUUUUUAAUAUCUUCCGCAGGAACCAGUCUUAUUCUUGUGACAAUUUGGCUGUAAGUACCCUACCCUUUUACACUGAACUUUUACUUUACAUCUGUUUAUCACCUCUAACCCCUGUGCUCCCCUGCAUUGCAGGAGCUGAAGCCUGUUGCUGCUGGACACUUUAGGAAAAUAUGGCUUCCAUAGCAAGUUCUAUAGGUGUCAUAUAUGUGAUGCUCCACAUGUGUAUGAAGGCAGCUAGCAGUUUUAUGCCUAGAAUUUCUUACAAAAGAUUUGAAUUAACUUCUGCUUUUCCUUUAAAAUCCCCUUACAUUCCACACAGUUGUACAAAACUGCAGCACAAGCCACAGAGCAGUUGCUGCAUUGACUUUGAAGAUGAGAAGUGCAAGUUUGAAUCCUUGCCGAGGGCCAAAACGACAUCUUAUGCUAGAAGUGGGGAAGGGGGUUCCUUUUCAGCCAUGGGGCCACAUUGCCUUCUGAGCAAUCUUCUGGAGGUUGCCUGCCAGCAGCAGGCAGGGCCAGAGGCGAAAGGGAACAGACCAACGAAUGGAAAUGUUGCCUUACCACAGUACAGUAGGCUGCUUUCUGCAGAUACUCACACAGCCUUCCUCACCCUCAGUCCAAACCAGCAGGAGGCCUGGCCAGAGUUCAAGGAUGUAUUUGAGCCAGGCAAAAGCACUCAAGCAUGGUUGUGUGGCCCAAGGAGAGUUGCAAAGGCUAGAUAGAGACCUGGAGGGCCACAUUUGGCCCCUGAGUCUGAGGACCCCCAGCCUGUGCUUAAGAGAUCUGUUAUCAGUUCUCACAACAUUUUGAUUUUAACUUUAAAGCAGCCAAAGCUUGAACUGGCCAGCAACACUGAUAAUGGGCGUUAGUUCUUCCCCUGCCCUAUUCUGUUUAAGCAAAGAGGAUUGGGAAAAUGGAAUGGGGCAGACUUCUCCAAGCUCCUCCAGCUCUUUUGAAUUACCACUCCCGUCAGCCUGUGAUCCUUGCCUAGGGUUGCCAUAUUCCAGUUAGGCAACCCCACUCUGGUUUCCGUCCUUCAAAUCACCAGCUUCCAGUGUUGCUUUGUAACAAGGGAAUGAGCCAUAGGGCUUUUCCUACACUUUUGUGUAGAACUUUCAGCUGAUGUCCAGGGUCACAUUUAAAGCACAUGGCCUCCCUUGAAGAAACCUGGGAACUGUAGUUUGUUAAGGGUGCUGGGAGUUAUAGAUCUGUGAGGAGUAAAUUAGUUUCCAUAAUUCUUUGGGGGAGAAGCCAUGGGCCUGAAAUGUAUGGUGUGUAUAUGACUCUAGUUCACUAUGACGGCCAAGGGUGGGGUGGGGAAAGGGUGGUGAACUAUCAAAAAGCAAAUGAAGAAAAUCAACUGCCCUGAAUUUCCUUUUCCUUGGUAGAGAUGUAUGUGCUGGUGUCUGGCAUGACUCCCAUCUGUUUCAGGGGGAAUAAUGUCAAUAUCAUGCCGAUUGAGAAUUCUUCAUCAUUCAUGAAAGGGCUGUGCUAUAACAGUGGAAUUUGGAUGCUGCACUUAACUUUCUGUGCUGUUGAUGUGUCUAUUUGUUUUUACAUGAUUACACUUUAUGUAAUUCAUUAAACUGCGAAUGGACAUUUUGUGAGCUUUCGCCACAGCAGGGUAAGUGUAUCUUACGGGAGAGGUGGGAAAUCUGUGGUCUUACUGGAUGUUACUGGACUCCCAUUAGCCCCAGCCCAAAUGGUCAGUGUGUGGAGAUGUGGUCCAGUAACAUUUGGAAGGCCACAAAUCUCCUUCCCCAUCAUACAGCUUGACCCCAACCCCCUUUAUAGUUAAACCCCUUUCAUUCCAGGGCAGCCUAGCCCCAAAUGAAUUACUUAGCAGUGGAUAGGAAGUAUGUUCACCUGUAAUACCAGCUGACUAAUUUUUCCCACAUCUCUCACACAGCAUCAUAGGUAGGUGCUGCAAAAAAACAAUAGCUGCUCAAUACAUCAGAGAAGCAGAAUCUGGACUUAAGAGGAGGCUGCAGGCAUUUGCGAAUAUUGCAAGUGAUGCAGAAGUACAAGAGCAAAGAAGCAAAUUAAGCCCCAUCAAAAUGCACAGAAACAAAGUUGAUUUUCUAGAAGAUGAAUCGGUGGGAUUGUUAAGCAACGAUGAAGCGACAGAACCACCCACCACUGCUGGUACAAGUCCAUCUCCUGUCCAAACAGGACUAAGCGAUUUAGAAAGUAGCUUUGAAGACAAGUCAAUACCCACACUGGACAAUGACAAUUUUAUUCCAAAGGACCUGCCACCCAAUCAGCAGAGAUUAGUUGACAUAAUGAAGCACAAUCUGCCCUAGCUGCUGUAAGGUUCUUCACAGAUUUGCAUAAACCUGCAAUUAGGAAACAGAGGAAUAACUUCCUAAACAAUAUUCGCAAGAAAGCUGAAAAAUGAGCUUGCUUAGUGCUUGCAAUUGGGAAGCAAUUUUCAGUCACUCUAUUUCUGGAGAGCACUUCAGCAGGAUAAUAUAGCUUCAAGAGGGCAGUGCAUUGAAGUACACUCAUUUUUUCCCCUCAAACUGGCAAACUGUCCAGUUUAGCAGAUAAUGGAAAUUGUUGAAGAAGCUUACUUUACAAAGAACUUGCUACAGAGCCAAAGAAGAAUCUAGACCAAAAGCAAUGCUGAGUUUAGAACUAUUGUAUUCUGUAAGCCAAGUGGAAAAUGUAAGGAUAUACCAUAUACAAUACUAUAAUCUCUGUGUAUUCUAUGUGAUUUGCAUUGUGUAUUGCUAGUAGUAGUUAGAAGAAUAUGUUCAAAAUGGUUAAUCUGAAGCAACGUGACGGGCACAUAUCAUAAUACUGAAAAGUCUAAGAGCCUGUUAGAGAAAAGAACCCCUUGAAUAAAUUGUCUAAUAUUGCUAUCUGCUUUGCUGCUUGUAAUGUAUAAAGUCUAAACCAAAUAAUACCAGUAUUAGCAGCCACUAGCAUAGGGGGACCAUAGAUUGCUUGGCAAACGACAGAGCAACCCCUGUUUCACCCUAUACAAACUUGAAACCUUGUUUGCCUUUGACCCAUUGUUCUGCUAAAAGAAGGGCAAAACGUACAAUGGAACCCACAAUCCCUUAAUGUCCUGGAGGGGGAAAUGAGCUACUGCUAACAGGUGUUUUUAAAUAUUUUGUCAAAAUAUUUCAUAAAUUAUCUUGAAAUCUCGUAACGUACUGAAUUCCAAAUCACAUUUACACAUGCAACCUAAGCCCUUAAACUCAUACAUGGAAACAUUCCCACUUUUCACUUCAGCUCCUCAUGCUCCGAGGCUGCUCCUGAGCCAAAUUUCAGAAUCGGCAUUUGGGCAGGGGGCUGAAGUGCUACGUAUUAUGGAUAGGAAGAUGCUAAAAGAGCAGAACAGCACCUAAAAUCCAUUCAGAGAAUGUUUGAGCUCUCGGGAAUCAGCUGACACAGAGGUUUUUAGCUUUUUCUUCAGUUCCACCCUGGCCUGUGGAAUGAAGUGAUUUUUUUCUGCACACUGGGCAGUGAGAGUUAAUACAGAAAAGGACAGGGCUCUUCACUGCUAAUAACUGGGAUUUUGUGGGAAAGAAAAAGGAUUUUGAAGGGGCAACAUGUAAGCAUGAGAAACAGCAUCUGCUGAAAUUUCUCUUAACACAUGUAUUAAAGUUACAGGGUCCAAGUUUCCCUAGGCUGCAUGUCUAAGGUAGUGGCUCUUUUCUGAGGCCUUGCCAUUCCACACCUCCUUUGCUUACCAGAUUUUCUACAAUACUGUUUCCCCCUUCCAUGUAAAAGGUGAAACCAGCCAACCCAUAGCAGUAGGAAUGCAGUUCAGAGCACACUGUUUAAGGGCGAAUGCGCAUAAUAGAUUUUUCCUUUAGUACUGUGCUCACUUUAGCACUAGUCCCUAUUCGGUGAAACAGCCCAUCUCACAUAGUGGACUGGGGUGCUGUUGCUUUGAUGCAGAAUAAUACGUGAUGGUCCUUUCCCCCCUUUGGGUCUCCUCCAGCAGCAUAAGAGAAGAUGCUGCUUAUCCAACAGCUGCCUAUUGUUUUAUAGAAAUGAAAGCUCCAAUAUUCAAGUAUGCCAUUUUAUACCUUUUAUGAAGUUGCCAUAUAUUUAAAGGACACGUGAGAAAAUAAAAAAUAUUUUUAUUAAAAUAAAGGUUUUCAUAUUGCAUUGC